CAACUUACAGAAAAGGAUCUCCACAUUUCCAGACUGCAUGACGCACUGACCUCUGAAAGGGAAAAGUGUGCAAUGCUGCAGAGUCGCUGUAACCAGCAGAUGAUGGAGCAGAAGCGAAGGGAACAGCACAUCCAUCGCAUGAGAGAGAAACUCUCACAGCUCACAGACAGACAGAAAUAUCACACCAUGGAGGUUUUAAAUGUGUUGCCAAAGCGGCCGGGACGGGGAGGAGCUGCCUUUAAGACCGCAAAGGCUGAUGGGAGGAUGGAAGAUGCGCUACGGUUGCAGUUGGAUCGGCGAGAAGCCGAGCUCAGAGAAGCCAUGAGACUACGGCACGGCUUAACCACACUACUGCACAUGCUCCGAAAAGAUAUGGCACAGGUGAGAUUUUCAGAGGAUGCUUUCGAUGACAAGGUGCUGCUCCAGUCAGAGCAGUGUCUCGGGGAUCAUGUGACAGGGGGUGUGGUGCAGGAGUGGACGCGUGUGCAAAAACGAUUAAGGGCGAUGCUGUCGCAAGAUCCUGUUGCUAAAGGCACAGAUCAGGAGAAGCUUCUUGCUCAGCUUGAGGCAGAGGUGGAGCAGAGCGGCCAACUGAUCCGAGUACAGCAACAGUUACUGCAGGACAGUGUAACUCCACCCCUUCCUGUUGCACUAAUGGACUGCUACUACCUGGAGGAGUGGGAGCGGCUGCAGGACAGAUGGGAGGAGCUUAAGAGGCAGAGGCGGAGCUUCCGGCGAGAGAGACAGGCCUUUACUGACGCUGCUAUCCGAUUGGGUCAUGAGAGAUGUGAGUUUGAACAGCAGAAGGCUUCGCUCCUCAAGACGGAUUUCUUGAGCAUUUCCCCUGUACAGAGACAUUCCCAGUGGAAUAGGAGAGAGAGCACAGCACUCAGUGAACUGCGAGCCGUGGUUCCGGAUCACCUGUGUUUAUCUCCAUGCGCUCCCUGCACACCAUCUUCUGAAGUGUCAGAGGUCACAGUGUGGUCCCGACAGCAAAGGGUCAUGACCCCUAACACCCCUGAGCUUUACUCUGCUCUUAAACUGCCCUACUUCAGAUCAGAGCGAACUCCUCAGUUUGACAGUUGGGGGGACGGGAACGAGAGAGACGUCACGCCUAAUAAACUCAACAUGGACUGGCCUUUUUAG